AUGGCCGACCCCGGGCCCUCCCCUGCCACUGCCAUCAUCGACGCGACAUGCUCCGUCUUCGCAAAGACCAGCGCCUACCCCAGCCACGACUACUGCGUGGACGUGCUCUCCACCUCGGACCCGGCCUCCGCGGCCUCCGCCAAGGACGAGCGCGACCUCGCCAUCAUCGCCGCCAACGCCACCGCGCGCAACGUCACGCGUACAGUCGGCCUCAUCGACGACCUGUCCCACGAGCUCGCGAGAUGCUCGGAGUCCUACGCGCGCGACAUGGGCGGCAAGGUCGCCAGCGCCCUCGGCGACCUCGUCGCCGGGCGCAAGCCGGGGGACAAGCUCCUGGACGCGUACAACCUCGGCCCUUCCAACUGCACCCUCGCCGUGAUGCUCAGGUGGGGCUAUUCCAAGGAUCUUCUGGCGCACGAGAACUCGGCCAACGCGGCCCUGGUCCUGCUCGCCAGGAACAUCGCGAGGCUGGUGCCCAACUCGAACAGGACGGCCUCGCCCGCCGCCAUCAUGAACGCGACGUGCUCCUCUUUGUUAUACAACAUGUACCCCGGCUACGACUACUGCGUCGGCGUGCUCUCCUCCUCCGACCCGGCGGCGGCCGCCUCCGCAAGGAGCAGGCGCGAUCUCGCCAUCAUCGCCGCCAACGCCACCGCGCACAACAUCACGUCCACGGUCAAGCUCAUCGGAGGCCUGCUAUCCGACCUCGCCGAGUGCAAGGUUUCCUACCGCCGUAUGGGCAGCGCCGUGGACGGCGCUCUGGGAGACCUCGUCGCAGGACAUGAUGCCCCCGCCGGAGCCGCCAGCAAGCUGGGCGACGCCGCGGGCGACGCGCUCAGCUGUGACAUGGCGAUGUCGAGGAGGAGGGGCGCCGCCAAGAACGUCCUGCACCAGGAGAACUGGCAGAACUUCGUGGCCGCACGCUUCGCUAGUAACAUCGCCUUCCUAGAGUAG